AUGGCUGCGAUCGGCUCUCUCGUUUUCUGCACCGACUGUGGCAAUCUGCUGGACGGCAGUGCCGGCAAGCAAAAUGCCAUCCUAACCUGCCAGGUGUGCGGAGCUUCCUGUAAAGAUACUUCAUCCAAGACCAUCGUCACUCGUUCCAAGCCCACGGCGUUCCCCUCCUCUCUGCGGGCGAAACGAUCCGAAGUCCAGACGCUCAAUGAAGAAGACAUGCAGACACACGCAUUCGUCGACCACCGCUGUGACAAGUGUGGACGAGAGCGGGUUCGCUUCUAUACGCAGCAACUGCGAAGCGCAGAUGAAGGCACCACGGUGUUUUAUGUGUGUGAAUGUGGUAAUAAAUGGAACGCCAAUAACUGA